CGGAUUGUUUGUGACCACGAGGAGGCGGCCUUAGCCUGACCUCUAGACGCAAUGCCCGCCAUCCCAUGGUUUCGCUCUAGCAACUCGUCGGAUCCGCGCUCGAAACCUCCCGUUGUCGCGAAUGUGCUAGGUCGCACGUACAAGUUUGACACAUCCCAGCAAGUCUUUGCGCUCUCAUGCUUCGCGCUCGGCGCUGGGUCUGCGAUUGGUAGCGCGUUUGUGUAUCGCCGCUUCUUCAGGAGGUUGAGGAGCUCAGGGUGGGUAACGCCGGAUGUGCUGGAACGAAAGCGGUGGGUGCGGGGUGUAGUGACCAGUGUAGGUGAUGCGGACAACUUCAGGUUGUAUCAUACACCAGCCUUCGGGUGGCGGUGGCGCCCGAUCAAGUUUCGGUGGGUACCUUCCAAAGCUAAAGACCUCACGGGUGAGACUAUCCACAUUCGGAUUGCUGGCAUGGAUGCCCCAGAAGCCUCGCAUUUUGGCCGUGAAGCGCAGCCAUACUCCGCAGAGAGCCUGGCAUGGCUCAAGAGCAAGAUCGAAGGCAAGACACUUUACUGCCAGUUGGUACGGCGAGACCAGUAUUCCCGGAUUGUAGCUGUGGUAACCUACCCGCCGCGACUUCUCCCUGGCACGUUCUUCCGCGGGAAAAACUUGGCGCUCGAGAUGCUCUCUGCAGGAUGGGCGGAGGUAUACAGUCUGACGGGGGCCGAGUAUGGACCUGAGGGCAAGGAAGAGCACGAAAGAUGCGAAGAAGAAGCUCGGAAAAAGAAGGUUGGGAUGUGGGAAUCGGAGUCGGGCCCAAGAGAGUCUGUGGCUGAGUACAAGAAGCGCUACCGCGACGCGACCGCUGAGAAACCGCCAUCCCAGUCAUCACUCUCUUCGUCCGAGGAGCCGCCUCCAGUCAGGCGACAGAGACGACAGCCCAUAACAACAAAAGAAAAAGAUAAUGGCGGCGCUCGCAAAAGCUGGCUGGGGCGUUUCUUUGGCCGUGGCAGCAAGUGAGCGUUUGGGGCAUGUUCAUCUGUGGGGAUGUCGUACUCUCGAGUUAAACUUCAGUCUCAGGGGUGCCGGAAGUGCUGCACUUCUGAGCUCGGCUGCUCGAGUAUAUCCAGCUUGUUCUCGAACACUAGUCAUCCUGCAUCAUUUGAAGCCUUGCUUGAGUCAAGUCGUUGAAUGUCAUCGCGAUGACUCCCAGCGAUGGACCGUGAGAAACACUCUGACUCAUCGGGAGUCGUGAACUGUCAUCGACUCGGUUUCUCCUCAGAUUUUCACCGCCAUCCGCUCACGCAGGCACCAUUGCCCAUUUGUCUGCGACACAACUCUCACUUGUAACGAUCCAACUGUUAUAUGCUUCAUAGACCCGAUCAAGCACACAGAAAGGACAGUCAGAAACACAAGAACACUCUUAAAGACCCUUAUCACCCAGAUCAACAUGGAGACGACGCGCCCCGCUUCUCCCUCUUUCUUGCCCUACCCACAGAAUCC